AUGAAAUUACAAGGGCGGGUGGGUGGGUCUGAGCUGACGAAAAUCGGAAUGGUGAUCGCGAGGGCCGAGCCCUCACCACAACUUAGCUCCUCCCCUUUCUCUGGCUUCCGGCCAAGCCCUCGUGAUCGCCAUUCUGGUACUUCAUCAGCUCGAUGUGGUGGUUCUGUAUACUAUCACCGAUAUUAUAACUGGAUAAGAAUUGACGAUGCUGAAGGAUUGGGUCUAGAAAAAGAUCUAGUGCAGAUUAACAAAGAACGGUUCAAUUUGCUCGUUGCACACUUUCGUGCAGGAACAUCGCAAAACUAUUGCCAGGACUUUUGUCAGGUAUUUCUCCUUCGGGAAUAA